CUAAAGCUGACCAAAAUGAAUCUUUUCUGCUUUUCGCUGGAGGGCUCUAUGGACAGCUUAUAUGAGCCAGUCCCAGAACAACAAGCUCACCAAGAGAGAACUUCUGGUAGAACUGAGUCUCUUUUCUCACCCUCUGGGGAAAAUGGAAACUUACACAACAAUCUCUUCAUGGAAGUUUCUCAUUUUGAGAAUGCAAAACCAAAAAGAAAGUCAAUCCGGAGAUCUAUGUCUGAAAGCAAAGUAUUUGAGGGAAAAACUGUGAAUGACACAACUUGGCAGGAACCCAGCAAGCCUGAGAAUGAUUCCCACAUCACAAGACUCUGUCAGCUAAAAGAUCUAAAUGAAGAUGAUUUUCUUCUGAGUAAUAAUAUACAUAUUCUUCAAGGAAAAAAACUACAAGGCAUUUCUUAUCAGGCCAUAAAAUCAGGUGAUGACCCCGUGGAAUCCGUGGGCACCUUAAAGAGACUACAGAAACUGGUUUGGACCAAGAAAGCCAGGGUGCCGAGUCUGAAUGAGAUGAAACCUACGUCAAUAAAUCUCCAAGACGAAGAUGAAACAUUGACUUCCUGUAUGAAAUUAGCCAAAUCCCAAGAAAAGAAAGUUAAUAAUGUUAGUACGAGGAGGAAGGAAGAAAUGGAGAUUAGAUUAGAUUCUAUUUCUGCAUCACUGGUUAGACCCAGUACUUCAACUGGAUGCAGCUUGGCCAAAAUAUUAUCCCACAGUGGAGGUGAAGUUCAGAUGUGGAACAGCUGGAAGCCUUUUCCAGAAAACCCGCUGUGGACAUAUGUUGAUUUCCAAAUUGACCGGGUUGGACCCUGGGACAACUGUUUCCACUGCACUCACCACCCAGAUCUCAAGUCUUCUUGUACAGAUAUGGAUCUCCCACACUCAUGGCGCAGCAGCAGUUUUGGGAAUUUUGACCGUUUUCGGAAUAAUUCUGUAUCAAAACCAGAUGAUUCAACUGGGGUACAUGAAGGGGAACGCAUAAAUGAAAGUGGAGAACAAAACAAAACUUCAAAUAAUGGAGGAAGUUUAGGUAAAAAAAUGAGAGCUAUUUCCUGGACAAUGAAGAAAAAAGUGGGUAAAAAGUAUAUCAAAGCCCUUUCUGAAGAAAACGAUGGGGAAGAUGGAGAGGAUGCCUUCCCUUAUCGGAACAGUGAUCCCACGAUUGGAACCCAUACAGAGAAGAGCUCCCUCAAAGCCAGUGACUCCAUGGACAGUCUCUACAGUGCGCGGAGCUCAUCAAGUGGAAUAACAAGCUGUUCAGACGGUACAAGUAACCGGGACAGCUUUCGACUCGAUGAUGAUGGCCCCUACUCCGGACCAUUCUGUGGCCGUGCCCGCGUACAUACCAGUUUCACACCGAGCCCUUAUGACACUGACUCGCUCAAAAUCAAGAAAGGAGAUAUCAUAGACAUUAUCUGCAAAACGCCAAUGGGGAUUUGGACAGGAAUGUUAAACAAUAAGGUGGGAAACUUCAAAUUUAUUUAUGUGGAUGUCAUCUCAGAAGAAGAAGCAGCCCCCAAGAAAAUAAAGGCACACAGAAGGAGUGGAAAGGAAAAACCUAAGACUCUGCAGGAGUUCUUAGAGAGGAUUCACCUUCAGGAAUACACCUCAACACUUUUGCUCAAUGGUUACGAGACCCUAGAAGAUUUAAAGGAUAUAAAAGAGAGUCAUCUCAUUGAAUUAAACAUUAAAAACCCAGAAGAUAGGAUGAGGUUACUAUCAGCUGCUGAAAAUCUUCUUGAUGAAGAAACUAUUCAGGAGCAAGAAAAUGAAUCCGUGUCCCUAUCCUUAAGCCCAGACAUCUCCUUAAAUAAGUCACAGUUAGAUGACUGCCCAAGGGACUCUGGUUGUUAUAUCUCAUCAGAAAAUUCAGAUAAUGGUAAAGAAGACCUGGAGUCUGAAAAUCUGUCCGACAUGGUACAGAAGAUUACUAUCACAGAGCCAAGCGACUGAAUACAUAUUAUCAACUCUACAUC